CGGCCCAAAGCAGCCACCAGUGCAGUGAGCGGCGCGCGGAGAGCCCGGACCGCGCCAUGGCUCUGCGCGCUUUGUUUAUCUUUUCGGCGCUUAUCGCCGGCGGCGCCGCGGUAUACAGCAGGGAACGCGACCGCCUCCGCGCUGACCCCCGCUUAUACGACCGUUCGUGUGAAUUAAGCUCCUGCUACCCAGCCACAGGCAACCUGCUUAUUGGCCGUGAAUCGAGACUCUUUGCAUCCUCCACGUGCGGAGGCAUGGGACGUGAACGUUACUGCAUCGUAUCGCAUUUAGAACCGAAGAAAUGUUUUUGGUGCGACUCAACCAAUAGCACUAUACACAACCCUUAUCUUAACCACCGAAUUCAGAAUAUCAUCUAUAAAUACUACCCGGGCACACGAACAAAGUCCUGGUGGCAAUCUGAAAAUGGGAAAGAAAAUGUGACGGUACAACUUAACAUGGAAGCAGAAUUCCAUCUUACGCAUUUGAUUAUACAGUUCAAAACUUUUCGGCCUGCUGCUAUGUUGGUGGAAAGAUCUUUUGACUUCGGAAAAACAUGGCGAGUUUAUCGUUACUUUGCCCACAACUGCGACGAUUACUUCCCAGGCGUACCCAAGCACACGCAGCGAUCUUUGACGGAAGUGGUUUGUGAAUCUCGUUACUCUGGUGUAUCUCCAUCUACGGAAGGUGAAGUGAUAUUUAGAGUGUUGCCGCCUAAUAUUAAUGUGACCAAUCCAUACUCAGAAGAAGUGCAGAACCUGUUGCGUAUGACCAAUCUUAGAAUAAACUUUACUAAACUACACACCCUUGGAGAUGAUAAACUGGACAAUAGAGCAGAAAUUCAAGAGAAGUAUUACUAUUCAAUUUAUGAAAUGACAGUUAGAGGUUCAUGUUCCUGUUACGGUCACGCAUCCCGUUGUUUACCUAUGCCCGGAGUGGAAUCAAAGAACAAUAUGGUACACGGACGCUGUGAAUGUACUCAUAAUACCCGAGGACUGAACUGUGAAUACUGCGAGGACUUUUAUAAUGAUUUACCGUGGCAACCGGCGGUAGGGAAAACUUCUAAUGCUUGCAAGAGGUGUACAUGUAAUAAUCAUGCAACAACUUGUCAUUUUGAUCCGGCUGUGUACAACAAAACUGGUAAAAUUAGUGGAGGCGUUUGUGACAACUGUCAACAUAACACAAUGGGUGUUAAUUGUGAACGGUGUAAACCCAAGUUUUAUAAGGACCCUAACUUAGAUAUUCAGAGCCCAGACAUAUGUAAAGCAUGUGAUUGUGACCCAGAGGGUACUACAGAUAAAGAAAUACUUUGUGAUGAUGAGACAGAUACCGCUAACAACAAAACUGCGGGUCGUUGUCUUUGUAAGACUAACGUCGACGGACCCAGAUGUGAUAGAUGUCGCGAUGGAUUUUGGAACUUCGAUCCGCUUAAUCCUGAUGGAUGUGAAUCUUGUACUUGUAACAACUUAGGUACAAUUAACGAGAGAGGCUGCGACGCAUUAACUGGCAACUGUUUCUGUAAACGUCAUGUUACUGGAAGAAAUUGUGAUCAGUGUUUACCAGAAUUCUACGGUUUGUCAAAUAGUGAUGAUGGUUGUCAACCUUGUGACUGCGACUAUGGUGGUUCGUUAGACCGGGACUGUGAUGUGAUAACAGGACAAUGUAAAUGUCGGCCACAUGUUUCUGGUCGUCGUUGUGAUCAACCUAUACAAAACUUCUUUAUCGGAGCCCUCGACUCCAUUGUUAUUGAAGGAGAAUCGAGUCAAUGCGAUUCUCAAAUUGAUGAUAAUGCUAUUGCUAUUCAAAAUCAGUUAUGUCAUGUUGUAAUAAGAGAAAAUUAUCCAGAUGAUAGGAAAGAAACCUGGACUGGCCCUGGUUUUAUGAAACUUCCUGAAAGUAGUACACUUGUAUUUGUUAUAAAUAAUAUUCAAAAGAGUAUGAAUUAUAAUGUGUUAAUUAGGUACGAGCCACAAUCACCCAUAAACUGGGAAGAAGCAACAAUAUUAGUGAAACGACCAUUACCUAUCGAUGCAGACUCUCCGUGCGCUAAUGUGACACCUGAAGAUGACACUAUAAAUACUUAUUUGCCAUCUAAUCAACGAAGCGUAUUGGUGACACCUGCAGUGUGUUUGGAGAAAGGCAAGGAAACUGAAAUUCGCAUAUAUUUAGGACGUCAAGAUAGUCGCUUACCCAAUUCGAGAGCUUCAAUAUUAAUCGAUUCCAUAGUUCUUAUACCUUCCUUUGAUGACCUUCCAUUUUUGGCACGUAAUAGCUCAAUGAGAGAAGAAUUUGAACGGUUUAAUUGUGGUGAUCCGUAUUAUUACGACCUUAAUAGAGAAAAUGUUCCUGAAAUCUGUAAGAAAUAUCAUGCGAGCAUUGGAUUCUAUAUAAGAAAUGGAUCUCAAUCUUGUCAGUGUGAUCCUACAGGAUCUAAGAGUCAUCAGUGCGACCAAUAUACUGGUUACUGUCAAUGUGUAGAAAAUAUUGUUGGCGCCAGAUGCGACCGCUGCGCUCCUGGAACGUAUGGUUUUAGCAAAUUCGGAUGCAAACGGUGUGACUGUAACAGUAUAGGUUCGCUUGAUAACUUUUGUGACGCAACAAGUGGACAAUGUAAAUGUCGGGCCAAUACUUAUGGGCGAGCAUGUGACUUAUGUCAACCGGGAUAUUUCAACUUCCCCAACUGUCAACAAUGUGACUGCAAUGGACAUGCAGUUGAAUGUGAUGAUAAAACGGGAGCUUGUAAAGAAUGUAGAGACUACACAGAAGGACAUCGUUGUGAAAGAUGUAUUGAAGGAUAUUACGGUGAUCCUCGCCUAGGUAUCGACAUACCUUGUAGGCCAUGUCCUUGCCCUGGAACAAUAGGAGAUCCAAACAAGAGUAGUCACGCAGACCGUUGUGAGUUAGAUCCUGAGUCGAAGGAUGUUGUGUGUGAAUGUAAAGAAGGCUAUGCUGGGCCGCUUUGCGACGUGUGUGCAGACAAUUAUUAUGGAGAUCCAAUUAAAGGCACUUGUGAGCAGUGUGAAUGUAACGAAAAUACUGAUGUCACUAAACCUGGCAAUUGUGACCCAUACACCGGUAAAUGUCUACAAUGUCUACAUAAUACUGCUGGUGAACAUUGUGAGAAAUGCGCUGAAGGGUAUUACGGUAAUGCACUGGAAAAGACAUGUUACCCAUGUAACUGCUCCGAAUUGGGUACAAACUUCACAGUAGGAAAUUGUGACGGUGUCACCGGUCAAUGUCCUUGCUUCAAGAAUGUCAUGGGUGUUAAUUGUGACCAAUGUACAGAAAACCAUUGGAGAAUAGCUUUAGGAACAGGUUGUGAUCCUUGUGAUUGUGAUCCCAUAGGUUCAUUAUCACCACAAUGUAAUCCUUACAUAGGAAAAUGUGAUUGUAAACCAGGCCAUGGAGGCAGACAAUGUGACCAAUGUCAAGAAAAUCAUUGGGGAGUCCCUAGUAUUGAAUGUUAUGAGUGCGAUUGUGACUUAUACGGUUCUGUGUCUCGCCAAUGUAUGCGGACAAAUGGCUCAUGCAUAUGCAAACCAGGUAUAGGAGGAUAUAAAUGCGAUAUGUGCGCUAGAGGAUACUUGGGAGAAGCCCCUAGAUGUUAUGCUUGCGGUGAAUGUUUCGAUAACUGGGAUCGAUUAAUCAACGACUUACGCAUUCAAACUGAGUACGCUAUUGGCAAUGCCAGUAAAAUCAAAGUAGUUGGUGCUACUGGCGCUUACACAAGAGAUUUUGAUGAAAUGACCAAAAAGCUAUCUGAAGUAGAAAAUAUGUUGCAGAGUGCAAAACAAGGUCAAACUACAGUUAAAGAUUUAUUGUCUAAUGUAACUAGUCUACAAAACUUAUUAGCAGAAGCUGAUGAGAAAGUCAAAAACAGUAACGAAAACCUAAAUGCACUUACAUCCAAAAUCAAUCUUGGUAAUGUUACAUUAGAAGGCUUACGAACCAGUAUAGAAACUUUGAAGGGAAAAACAUCUGACUUAGGGAAUAACGCAACAAAAUUACAAGAAGCUAAUUUAGAAGGCGCUCUUAAUUUGACUCGUGAAGCUAAACAGAGAGCUGUUAAAGCUGCUGAUGAUGCAGAUGAUGUGCAAACAAUAAUUGCAAAUACUGAUCGCCAAAUUAAAAACACUGAUAGACUUAUUGAAAUGCAAUAUACCAACUUUAAUAACACUCAAAACGAAAAUGAUAAAAAACUUAAUGAUAUUCGAGAUCAACUAUCACAGCUUGAAUCUCAAAUGCCAAAAUUAAAUGAAAAAAUGUGUGGCCAGGAAAGCGAUAGCUGUGAUAUUUGUGGCGGGGCUGGAUGUGGCAAAUGUGGUGGUAUAUCUUGUGACCAAGGAGCUGUUACUAAAGCAGAGCAAGCUUUAGAUUUCGCUAAUAAGACCGAAUUUCGUAUUAAAGAACAUGAACUCACCGCUGAGGAUCUUUUCAAAUUAAUAUCUCAAGUGAAACAAGAUACCGUUGAUGUUAGAUCAAGGGCAAAGGAUUUGUAUAGCAGAGCUUUUGAGUUUAAGACAUCAGCAGAGAGAGUUACAAAUGAAAGCCAAGACUUAACGACUGAAUUAAAAGAAUUUUUGUCUAAUACCUCAAAUACUCCUGCAGAUGUCAGAACUCUAGCUAAUGAUAUACUUAACUUAUCCAUCAGUAUAGAGCCAAAAGAAAUAACAGAACUGUCUCAGCGUAUCAAUUCUUCAGUAUCGCAGUUAACUGACAUCGAGAAUAUUAUUGCAGAAACUAAACCAGACUUAGAGCGAGCCAAGGCUUUAAAAUUAAAUGCUACCACAGUAAACAAAGCAGCCAAUUUGACAUUAGAAAUGGCAAAUAAAGUUUUAGAUGCUCUGGAUGAAGCACAAGCAGCUCAAGACGCCGCAGAAAAUGCAAUUGAUAAGGCAAACAGUGACAUUGAAGGAGUCAAAAAUGAUUUAGUUCCUAUAGCUACGGAAACUGAACAAGCACAGAAACAAGCUAACCAGACUAAAGAUGAAGUGGAAGGCUUGCGCUUGCGACUUUCCGACUUACAAAAAGACAUAUUGAAAAUAGAAAGUGACGCAGAACAAGUGAAACAAGAGGCUAGUGACGUCGUUAGUCGUGCAGAAGGUGCUGAGCAGUCAGCUCGAUUAUUGAGGCAAGAUUUCAAACGCACUAACAUGUCGCUUGCUGAACGUGCAAGUCAAACUUCAAACUCAAGAGAAAGAGCACAGAUGCUACUAAAGCGUGCAACUAAACUGGCUAGUGACACUCAAACACAGCUUAAACUUCUAGCUAACAUGGAAGUGUUAUACAACGAUCACAAUGAACAGUUAAAUACAUUAGAAAAAGAAAUCGGUGAACUCAAUACACAAAUGAACUACUACCUGUCUGAAAUCACAAAACGAUCGGAUUACUACAGGUCUUGCACGACGUAGGGAAUAGUCUAUACUCGUUUGCCAUCGGAAUUGUAAUUAUGUAAACUUAAACUGAUAUAUUCCGAAUAUUGUUACUGUUUCCAUAAGUGCCAUAAUGCUGUGCAUUUUGCAAUGUUAGUCAUUGUUCGUUAUUUUGAUAUAAUAUGUGUAGUUUAACUACAUUGUGUCUGUAAUAUAUUGCAAAGAAAUUUGGGUUGUAAAUGCGAGUAAUAUUAUGUUCAUCUCCAUAUUUCAUUAGUACUGUACUUAUCAUAUAAAACAACAUUGACAACAUGUUCAGACUGUAAAUUCUCAAUAAGAAAGCUUUUUAAAGAUUGUUUUUUUUUCUUUUUCAAUUAUGAUAUUUUUAACUUGUUCUGUAUCUUUCCAGUGAGUGGCAUUCACUAAUCAUUUAUAGACAAUAUUUCUUGAAAUACAUAAUUAUAAAAUUAGGUUUAUAUAAAAUAUAUAUUUUGUAUCUUUAUUUAGACAAAUAUUCCAAAGAAUUAUUACUAUGUGGUGAAAUAACUAUGAUGUAAAAAUGUAAACUUACGUUUAAUUCAAAGGAACAAAAUAAAGUUCUCUACAAACUACUGUUAAUUAUAGGUAAUUUAUGUGCAUUAUAUUAUGUUUUGUGCUGUUUUUCCAUAAAGUAUAUUUUCUGUGUGUCUGUAUGAAAUAAUUAAUUUUAUAGUUUCUAUUUACUGUAAACUAAUAGUACUGCCAGAGCAGAUAAUACUAGUUAUUGUACCAUCAUAAGUAUUUUAUAAAUACGUAGGAUGUCGUGUAAACUUAAAAAUAUACUUUAAGCAGUGUUCGUCAAGCACAAUAUUGAUUUUUUCCUAAAACAAUUUCUAAUUUCUGACUAGAAAAUUUAUAUCUUUUAAGUUUACACAUUUCCCUUAAUAUUAUUUUAAUAUCAGACUUGUCUGAUAUAACGUGCAUUUAAAUAAUGAGAUUCUUUCUUUGAUUCCAUAUUAUAAUUAGUCAUUCUAUUGCAUUUGAGACGCUAUUCUGUAUUGCCAUAAUGAUAUUGUAAUAUACGAGGCACCAAUACUUAAUUGUUAAUAAAACUUUGCCAUUACU